AACCAUUUGAAGGUCGUACCUAUUCGCUUACCGGGGAUUAGAGCAAGGGCUUGUCGGAUUUGAGGAAAAACUGUGUUGAAGAAAUACGUGUACCUGAAGGACCUGAAACCGGACCUAAGGAUCGAAUAGUGUGAUUUGACAAGGAUUGCUCUCAUAUUGGAUUCAUUUUACUAUGGAAACCUGGUGAUUGUCUACUCCAGCACAACUCGCUCGAAUCAUUUAAAACAUCAGAACAACUCAAAUCAAUUACAAUUACAACAACAACAAUGGCGAUCAACAUGAAGAACCUAAGUAUGAUGUCACAAGAUGACAUAGCAUAUGUGCGCAGUCGCCAAACUCAGGAUUUUCGUCAGAAAAAAUUCAUAGAAUUCCUGUCUCCUGAAGCGCAACAGGCUAUGACUGAAACGAUUGAAGAAAUGUCUGAAACUGGACGCAGAGAAAAGGAAUUCAAAGAUAGGUCACUAGAUGACAUCACAGAGGAAACAGAAAGUAGAGCGGGCUCAUCUAAAUCAAGGAAUGAAAACCUGAAAAGUGGCAAACGAAAACGUGGCGAGAGUCAAGAAGGGGUGGUACUUAGUGGAAAUGGAAAAUUAAAAAGUGACACUAAAAAUGAUUCAGUUGAUAUCAUCAUUGACAUAAACCUUAAUGAAAAGGAUGACGAUACAGAAAAAGCCAAAUCAACAGAACAAAAGGUUGAUGAUGAUAAUGAAGCAAAUAUUGAUGAAAAAGACAAAUCCGAGCAAAGCAAUCAGGAUACAAAAGAGGCCGAUAAUAUUUCAUUAAAAACUGAAAACAAUGGUGAUGACUCUGAAAACAUUGUAAGUCAAGUUGAAGGUGAAAAGGGCGAAGUGAAAGACAAUACUGGUGAUAGUGAAAACAAUACUGGCAAUGAUGAAAACAAUACACAAAGCAUUGCAAAUGUAAAAGACAGUGAAACUAUAGUUGAAGAAACAGCAACUGAACCGAAUGACCAGAUGGAGGAAGAUAAUAGUGAAGAGAAUAAGGAAUCACCAACAGGUGAAAAUGAUGCUGAACCCAAGAAUGACAACACUAAAGAUACGGUUGCUGAAUAAUGAAGGAUCACCGAUGAAUGUGAUGGCAACACAAAGUCUAUUAUACAUUGUAAUAGUAAUUAUAUGAUGCAUGGUGUAACAUUAAACAGUAGAAUUUGAAGUACAGUAUGUUAUAAUAAAGCUUUUCUAAUGUUUCAU